AGGAUGUCUUGUGACUGCCUGUUCAUCAGCGCUGGCUACUGCGCUCUGGCAUAUUUUGUUUACAAGAUAGGCUUGGCUGUUUAUAAUAUUUUAUGGCCAUAUAUCAUUGGAACACCUGUGGAUCUACUUGCUUUAGCUGGAGCUAAAUGGGCAGGUCGGAUAUUGUUUCUACUUUUCAUCUACCACAUCACCCAAACCAUUCUGUCCAUAUUCCAACUAAUAAAAGUGGUAAAACUGGAAUUACUUUUUGGCCCUUGUACAGUUCUUUGUUCAUUUGGAGAUGAUAGAGUCGCAAAGACCUUUGAUAUUCUAGUCAUCACCGGUGCAACAGAUGGAAUUGGCAAGGCUUAUGCUUUUGAAUUGGCCAAGAAGGGCUUCAACAUCUUCCUUGUUUCAAGAACUCAAUCAAAACUUGAUGAAGUGCAGAAGGAAAUUCGUGAAAAAUACAGCAAGGUUGAUGUGAAAACAUUUGCUUUCGAUUUUUGCAACGGGUCUGUAGAAGCUUAUAAGCCGCUGCGUGAAGCACUGAAUGGUGUUGAAGUGGGAGUUCUCAUCAACAAUGUUGGAAUGAGCUACGAGUAUCCUGAGCGAUUGCACAAAGUAGAGGGAGGUGUGGAACGACUAGGAGCAAUUGCAACGAUUAAUACUCUUCCUCCAACCAUUGUGAGUUUUGCGCCAGGAAAUAAAUGGUUGCACGAAGAUACGUAG